CUCUGAAUCGAAAAAAAAAACGAGAAUUUCAAAAGAGAAACAAUUGGGAAAGUAAAUGAAACUUAGAAGAGAACAGUAUGGUUAGAGAACCUUCGCCUUGAAUUCUGCCCAGAAACGAUGACUUUGUAAUUCGGAAAACUAGGGUUUUCAUUCUGCGAUCAGACUGCGAUUUUAGGAAUCCCUCCAUAUCCAAGUGCCAUGAAUUGUGAAGUCUGCCAACUCAAAGAACUGGAAGUUGAGCAGUUCGAGAUACGCGAAGUUCUGCGCUGCAUACUACACACAAUUGUAUUUCAUCGAGCUUUAGGUCUUGUGCGGCCCAAAGACAUUGAUUUGGAGCUCUUUGAUAUUACUUAUGUGCAAUGUGGAGACGUUGAGCUUGAGAAAAAGAUAGACGAGAAGAUUGAGCAGUUCAUUAUGUGGGUGGAGAAACACCCGAACAAGAAAAGCCAGAUAUGUUUGUCCUUUUAUGAGGUGAAAAAUAAGCAGGCCUCUUGGUUCACUAACAAAACUGAACGCCUAUAUUGGGAACAAUGGUAUAUCAAUUUACAUGUGGCUCAACACUCACAAGCACAUUCUGGCAAGACUCAUCCACAAAAAACUGUAGUUGACCCAGGAGAGAGAGCAUUGGGGGAAAGAAGUAUCCGCAGGACAACACUGGAGGCUUCUCUUCGUGAGGUGUUGUUUCAAGUAAUAAAAUUUGUGAAUGAAAAGAAGGACCACGUUCCUCCUAUACCAUCUCCAGAAUGUGUUGUUUUAUUCCCCUAUGAAAUAACAAUUCCGAGUUCAUCAGAUUCUGCAUUUGGAAUGGACAUGAUCAAGAGGAUGCUGCAGACUGGACACCCCACUAUGCUGAGCUGAUUAUCGGAGUUCUGGAGCUACACAAAGAAUCUACCACAUCUUGUCUAUAAUCAUAAAAAGGUUUCCUUCUUUUAUAUGCUAUCUAUGGAAUAUUUAGAGUAAAAAAAAAAAAAAUUGAAAAGAUCUGAUUUUCCUAACAGAAGGGAAUCAAUUCUUCAUGCAUGCACAUUCCCUAUCCAUGUGAAUACUGUCUUCUUCACCCUCCCUUUCUAUUUUACUUUGUCCUAUUGUGAAUAUUGAUACCUUAUGAUCAAUGUAUAUACCUAUUUGAUAUUCA